AUGGCCGUUAAGCAAAUUCAUUCUCGUUACGUUUACGACUCCAGAGGAAACCCAACUGUGGAAGUUGACUUGACUACUGACAAGGGCUUAUUCAGAUCAAUUGUACCAUCUGGUGCUUCCACUGGUAUCCAUGAAGCUCUUGAAUUGAGAGACGGUGACAAAUCCAAAUGGCUUGGAAAAGGUGUCACCAAGGCUGUUUCCAACGUCAAUGACAUCAUUGCCCCUGCUCUCAUCAAGGCCAACUUGGACCUCACCAACCAACAGUCCGUCGACGAUUUCCUCAACUCGUUGGAUGGAACUCCUAACAAAUCCAAAUUGGGUGCUAACGCCAUUCUUGGAGUUUCUCUUGCUGCUGCUAAGGCUGGAGCUGCCGAGAAGGGUGUUCCUCUUUACCAACACUUGGCUGACAUUUCCGGUGCUAAAUCCGACAAAUUUGUGUUGCCAGUUCCUUUCCAAAAUGUGCUCAAUGGUGGUUCGCACGCCGGUGGUGCAUUGGCUUUCCAGGAGUUUAUGAUUGUGCCAACCGGUGCUCCUUCUUUCUCCGAAGGUCUCAGAAUCGGUUCCGAGGUUUACCACACCUUGAAGUCAUUGACCAAAAAGAAGUACGGUACUUCCGCCGGAAACGUUGGUGACGAAGGUGGUGUUGCUCCUAACAUUGGCUCGCCAAGAGAAGCCUUGGACUUGAUUGUCGAUGCCAUUGACAAGGCUGGUUACAAGGGUAAGGUUGGAAUUGCUUUGGACGUGGCUUCUUCCGAAUUCUACAAGGAUGGUAAGUACGACUUGGACUUUAAGAACCCAGACUCCGACAAGUCCAAGUGGUUGUCCGGUGAACAAUUGGCCUCUUUGUACGAGGAAUUGAUCAACGAAUACCCAAUUGUGUCCAUUGAGGACCCCUUUGCUGAGGAUGAUUGGGACGCUUGGGUGCACUUCUUCGCCAAGGUUUCCGACAAGAUCCAAAUUGUUGGUGACGAUUUGACCGUUACCAACCCUCUCAGAAUCGCUACUGCCAUCGAGAAGAAGGCCGCCAACGCUUUGUUGUUGAAGGUGAACCAAAUUGGUUCUCUUUCCGAGUCCAUCAGAGCCGCCAACGACUCCUACGGUGCCAAAUGGGGUGUCAUGGUCUCUCACAGAUCUGGUGAGACCGAAGACACUUUCAUUGCUGAUUUGUCUGUCGGUUUGAGAUCGGGUCAAAUCAAGACCGGUGCUCCAGCCCGUUCCGAGAGAUUGGCCAAGUUGAACCAAAUUCUCAGAAUCGAAGAGGAGUUGGGUGACAAGGCUAUUUACGCCGGUAAGGACUUCCAAGCUGCUCACUUCUUGUAA